AUGUCCUCCUAUGGCCAACUGCUCAGCGCCCGCUGCGCUUCGCCCUGCGAGGUGAUCUGUAGCCAACCCUACGUGGACGCCUGCAGCGAGCCCUGCGUCGCCUCCUGCGGAGAAUCCCGCGCCAUCGUCUACGCCCCGCCCGUGGUCGUGACAUUCCCGGGGCCCAUCAUCAGCUCCUGCCCCACGGAGAGCAUCGUUGGGUCGUCCAUCCCCGAAAUCGGCGGGGGAAUGGGCUCUGGAGGGGGUGGGAUGGGCUCUGGAGGAGGUGGGAUGGGGUCGGGAGGUGGCGGGAUGGGAUCUGGAGGAGGGGGGAUGGGCUCCCACAGCUCGGGCGGCUCCUGCGGGGGUGGGAUGUCACGGCUGGAGAGCCUCUACCGCGGCUCCUAUUUCUCAGGCUACGGCAGGAAUUAUUACCCCUAUUUUUCCCGAGGGUACUACAGGUAUCGCUACGGGAACUACGGGCCUUUUUAA